GUUUUUUCUGCAGUAGUUUAGGUGGGACGCCGCUGCCGCAGUCACUGGAAGUAAAGCGCGGGUUAGAUGGGUCCCUGAGACAGAGUUAGAGUGGUAUGCAUGAGGAUACCAAAACUCUGCCAGAGAAAACAUUUAAGUUGUUCCAGUAAAAUACAUGAUAAAGGAGAAGUUUAACCAGCCUCAUCUGAAAUCAGUACAAGUGACAGAAGGGAGAAGGUUUCUUCCACUGGACAGGAAGAAGUUCUGAGCCUUAUCUUUUAUCUAGAAGAGGUUAAAUUAAUAUUUUCUUGUUGUGUCCCUCUUCUUAUGAUAAGAAAGGUACUUCAAAAAGAACUAUGGAAAACCAAGAAAAUAAUAUUGAAGACACUGGGAUUAGACGUUCAAGUGCAAUGGCUGGCCUUUGUGAUAUCCAGCAGCAAGCUUCUGAGGACCUUCUCUUUCAGGAAGAAACCAUUGAUCUGGGAGGAGAUGAAUCUGCAUCUGAAGAAAAUGAAAACAUUGCAGAAGAUUCCAGUAACUUCAUAGACAAACUUAGUGAGCACAUGAUGGAAAGUGUUGUUAUAUCUGAUUCUCCAAAUAAUAGUGAAGAUGAUACUGGUGAUCUUGGCUGCCUGCAAGAAAUUGUAAAACAAAUAGAAGCAAACGAUAUUGAGGCAAUAGAAGGAGAGAAGCUUUUAGAGAGAAAAGAAGCUAUUAGAAACGAGAGUGAAACAAAACAUGAAGCUACUCCCAAAAGUAUUUCUGAUUCUAGAAUUGAUUAUCAGUCCUCUUUAAGUGAAAAUACGAUUCAGACCUCAGCAAAAAAUGAACUGGAAGCAGGAAGUGACAAACUGCUAAAGUUUCCAUCAAACAUGGUUGAUGAAUGCAAAGCAGAGGAAACUGUAUCUUCCUCAGUUGUCAUUAAAUCGCCACUUGACUCUGAACCUAUUCCGAUGUGUACCAUCUUUAGCCAGGGAAAUCGUACAACUGGUCAGCAACAGUUUCUGCACGAUGGCUUUGAGCCUCAGAUGGUGAAGUCACCCAGCCUUGGUGGUAUAAGUGAGACUCCAGUGAAAACUCAUCCACAGGUGGUUCAGCCUAGUCCUAGCCUAAGCAAAUUUUUUGGGGAAGCCAUUAGUAGUAACACAUUAGCUUCUGAUUUUUUUGAUUCCUUUACCACAUCAUCUUUUAUUUCUGUCAGUAACCCCAACGCAAGCACAUCGGUACCAGAACAAAUGUCUUCUCUUGCGACAGUUGGGGAAUUGCAUGACUCUGCUAACCAUAAAUACUCUGUUAAAAAUGGAAGAUCUGAAGCUGGGAAAUCUGCAUCUUCCCCAGAAAUAUCUCAAUCUCCAAAGCCAUUUUCCCAGAUUCAAGCUGUUUUUCAAGGCAGUGAUGAUCCUUUUGCCUCUGUGCUGAACAUGAGUGAGAUGGACAGAAGAAAUGAUGCAUGGCUUCCUAGUGAUGCAACUAGGAAUGUGUUGAUUUCAGUAGCCACGCAGCAAUAUAAUAAUAUUUUCAUAGACAAAGAGAAUGUGACAAUGCCUGGAUUAAAAUUUGACAACAUUCAGGGUGAUGCAGUUAAAGAUUUAAUGCUCCGCUUCCUUGGUGAGCAUGCUGCAGUGAAAAGACAAGCCCUCAAUGCCAACUCUGUGGAGCAGUCUUUUCAGGGCUUAAAACAGCUGAUAAGCACAAAAAACUGGAGAGCAGCAGUUGAUCUAUGUGGACGACUUCUGACAGCCCACGGUCAAGGCUAUGGCAAAAGUGGGCUACCCACAAGUCAUACAACAGACUCUCUUCAGAUUUGGUUUGUAAGACUAGCACUACUGGUAAAACUGGGUCUCUACCAAAAUGCUGAAAUGGAAUUUGAACCAUUUGGAAACCUAGACCAGCCUGAUUUAUAUUAUGAAUAUUAUCCUCAUGUAUAUCCGGGACGCAAAGGAUCCAUGGUUCCAUUUUCGAUGAGGAUUUUGCAUGCAGAACUUCAACAGUAUCUUGGAAAUCCUCAAGAGUCACUUGAUAGACUACACAGUAUGAAAACAAUCUGCACAAAGAUAUUAGGCAACUUGGAACAUGGCUUAGCAGAAGAGGGAAGCAUGACCAACAUUACACAGGAGAACAGACAAGCCUCUGUUCAGCUGUGGAGGUCACGUCUGGGCCGGGUGAUGUACUCCACGGCAAACUGUCUGCUAAUGAUGAAGGACUAUGUGCUUGCUGUGGAGACAUAUCACACUGUCAUGAAAUACUACCCAGAGCAAGAACCUCAGCUGCUGAGUGGAAUUGGAAGGAUUUUCCUGCAGAUUGGAGACAUUAAAAUGGCUGAGAAGUAUUUUCAAGAUGUUGAGAAAGUGGCUCAAAAAUUGGAUGGACUGAAGGACCAAAUUAUGGUUUUAAUGAACAGAGCAUUUCUCCAUCUUGGUCAGAAUAACUUUGCAGAAGCUCACAAAUUCUUCACAGAAAUUUUGAAGAUUGAUCCAUCAAACGCUGUGGCUAACAACAAUGCUGCCGUUUGUCUUCUUUAUCUGGGAAAACUGAAGGAUUCCCUCCGUCAGCUGGAAGGAAUGGUUCAGCAGGAUCCUAAACACUACCUCCAUGAGAGUGUUCUCUUCAAUUUGACAACCAUGUAUGAACUUGAGUCUUCUCGCAGCAUGCAAAAGAAACAGGCUCUACUCGAGGCUGUGGCUGUCAAAGAGGGCGACAGCUUCAACACUCAGUGCCUCAAGUUAGGAUAAACCCAUCCAUUUCUUUUUUGCAAAAGCUCAUUUCAGAAGCUGUAUAUACCUCAGCUAAUCUGUAAAUGUUCUUCCAGCAAGUGCAAUAAAAAAGCUUUUUAAUUAUGAACAUAUGGUAAAAUUGUUGUAAUAUCAGAAUUUAUACACUGGUCGGUUUCAAUACAUCCUGGCUAUCACCCUUGGGAUUUCCUGUUAAUCUACCGCCAAAUUCAUCCCUGCAGUUAUUGCCAGCUUAUAGAGUAUAUACAAACCGUCACAAUUAUUCAGAUGGGCUUUUUUCCUGCUCAUAGUGAUCUAUAUGAGCUAACUUGUCUUGAUGGCUUUUGUUCUGAACACAUUCAGGGCUUAGCAAUUGCAUGUGUAUAAUUGGAGGGCAGUGGGUAAUGGAUGGAGAAGACUGCAAUAAAAUGGGAAAUUAUAAAGACAGGCUCCGGUCUAGGUCUUGUUUGUUUCUCUAAAGCAGGGCACCCACUAGUGGUGCCCCAUAAACUCUCCCCAAAUGGUUUUGAGAAGAAUUAUGGGACACAGCCUCCUUCACCUGUUUCAACCAGGCCUGCUCAAUAUGAAAACAGCUAUUUCCCUCUUAACUUUACCCAGUUAAGCAAGGAAUUAUGCCUAAAUACUAAUGCUAGCUUUAACUUGCUUCUGAGACCAAAAUGCAUCAGAAUUUUCCCAAGCAUAUCAGAAUAGAGGGCCAGAUAGUAUUCGUGGCAGAACAGGCCCAUCCAAAGAAAGAAGCCAUUCGUAGUUCAUUUGUUAAUGCCGUCUGUAAUCUUCUAUCCAAACUCUUCCCUGAAAGAUAAGGAGUUUUGUCCAUCAAAUGAACAAACAGCAUCUGCAAGCAAAAAUAAUUUUCUCUCUGAACACGCCCCCUCCCUUGCCCCUGAAAUCAGCUCUGAAGGUUGUUCCAGGACAAAUUGGGAAACAUGCAGAAGAGGGAGGGAACAGUACAUUCUGUUGGGUGAGCAGAAGCCUAUUCGUUUAACCUGGGAUGUGGUCCAUUGGUUUAUUACCAAGCAAGCUCAAGCUAAUUAUCUGAAGGUAAGGAUAGCUUGUGGAGAGUAAAGAGGCAGAUAGAAACUGGAUUCACAUAUCACAUCAAGCCAAGGUUUGUCCAAUUAUGGUUUGUUGAAUAAGCCACAGUUGAGUGGAUGCACAUAUCACUCUGGGGUUACAAUCAAUAACUGGCAUCAUAAUGACUAAAUUUGAAAUAUAAAUAAAUAAAU